AGAGAGGGAGAGAGAGAGAGAAAGAGAGAGAGGGAGAGGGAGAAAGGCAGGACGCGCUGGAAAGAAAGAGAGAGGGAGUGUGCGAGACAAAGCGAUGAGAUUCAUCUGUGCCGUGUGCCUGCUCCUACUGUGCCCAGCAUUGAGUCUCAACAGCAGACAUGGCUAUGAGGGCCUAGAAAGGAAGCUCAAGGAAGUUUUCAUGGAGCGAAGUGGCAUCCUGCGGCAACUUUCCAAAACUACAAAGGAGCUUGAAGGAAUCAAAGGGAAUUUAAAGUUACUCAAAAAUGAUGAAGCUGUCGCAAAGAAGGAUGUUCAAAGGAUUCUGGAGCUCAGCCAGAAACAGAGGGAAGAGAUGAAGUCCCUACAGGAAGCCCUGCAAAAACAGCUUAAUGAAGCUGCAGAGAAGGCGGAGAAGCAACAGGCCACCAUCAAUUUCUUGAAGACUGAAAUGGAAAGAAAAAGCAAAAUAAUCAAAGAUUUGCAGCAGGAGAACAAAAGCCUGAAAAACAAGCUCUUGUCCGGCAGCAAGCUUUGUGGUAUCCAUGCAGAAGAGUCCAAGAAAAUACAAGCACAACUGAAAGAACUACGCUACGGAAAAAAGGAUUUGAUUUUUAAGGGGCAACAACUAACUGAUUUGGAACGCAAACUAACAGCUGCAAAAGAAGAGCUGGAAAAGGCUGCACUUGACAAGGAGUCACAGCUGAAAGCACUGAAGGAGACAGUACAUCUAUGUCUGUCAUCAGUACUGCAGAAUCAGCCUCCCACGGAUAAUCGGAUUCCUUCAAAGCAUUUGGAGAAGAUGAUGGUCACACUCACAAACAGCUCAAGGGUGACAUUCCAACAACCACAGGCAAAGGGUGUUUCUCAGUCUUUGAAGAACACUGGCACAAACAGAGAGAUCACAAACAAUGAAUCUGUGAAAAGGAACAAUAUGAAAGGCAAGGACUGCAAUUCACAAAGUGACGAUAACCUUUGUUCAGAGAAACAAAUGGCAACAGCAACAUUGGAAGCAAAGAAUCAGACUGAUGUCGAGAAUCCACAAGGUCCACCAUGGCAGAAACCUGAUAUUUUAAACUCUCCAGAAGAUCCGAAAACACUACCAGAAAAUCUGGACACCAAAAAGGAAAUGGAAAAGAACUGAUGCACAAUAGGAAGAAACCAUCUGUAGAUAUCGUCAGAAUUUUACAUUGGGAGCACUCAGUCUGUUAUGCUGUCAUUUACAUUCACCACAUUCACAUUAAAAAUGUAGCUACACAUCAGCGCAUGACCCUACCUUUUUCUUCUCAAACUGCACACUUCUUCAACCCCUUUACAUUUUACAACCUAACCAUUUUAAAGAGGACUCACCCUUGUGAAAAUGAAAUAUUGUAUCUUUAUGUAUUUUAUUGGAAUAAAUCACUUUUACAAAGUCUAGAUGAUUUGGAAACCUUU